CCCACACAUGCAACAACUCCACUUAGGCCUUAUUUCCCAUUUGCUUCCUCUCUGCUUCUUUCUGUCUCACUUUCACCUCAUAUUCUGUGUAAUUUCUCUCUCCUUUAAAACACACACAUCCACACAAAAAUAUAUCCAUUCGAAAACACACACACACACACAAACUCUACGUAUUUAUCACACAACAUGGCAGAAUUGGAGUUUCAGAGUAAACAUGGUAAUAACAACCCUACAAGUAACGGACGUUUAAAGUUGUUUGGUUUCAACGUAACAGAAGAUCAAGAACAAGAAGUUGACUCAACAAAAACAUCAUCCGGUUCACCGGAAUCCAGCAGUUUUCCGGCUACCGAUAGCCGGAAAUACGAGUGUCAAUAUUGUUGUAGAGAAUUUGCAAAUUCACAAGCUUUAGGUGGCCAUCAAAAUGCACACAAAAAAGAAAGGCAACAAUUGAAACGUGCCCAAAUGCAAGCUAGUCGAAAUGCAUACAUGCGUAACCCUAUUAUCUCAGCCUUUACGCCGCCAUCACACCUCCUUCCUCCGCCAGGACACGUGGUGGUUCCGGCAACAUCUCCAUCAUGGGUUUAUGUACCACGACCUAUGCCACCAUUCCACGUGUCACAUGGUGGGAGGGGUGUAGGGAACUUUCAGUACACCCGCAGUGUAGGGGAUUCUAGCUUAGCAAGUGUUGGGCCUCAACAGGUUAAGGCCCAUAGUGGUAGAGUUGAUGGGCCGUCAUUGAGUAGAUUCUCAUCAGGUGUGGAUGAUGGGCCCAAUUUUGAUGAUGCAUAUGGAUUGGAUCUCCAUUUAAGCCUUUAGCUAUAGGAAGAAAGAAUUAUUUAUCUUUAUUUCCUUUUUUUUUUUCUUUGAAUUAAUUUUUAAAAUAGGAUUUGUACAUCUCAGAUUAUUUAUUUAUUUUUUUUCACUCAAAGAAAAAAAAAUUCCUUA